CCGGAUGUUUUCGAGCAGAGAGAAGGAACCAAGAUGGCGGAGCCUUCCAGAGAUCCUCCGUCCGCUCUGAGCGCUGACUUCAUGAGCUUCUCCCCCGGAGACACCGCCUCGCGCUGGCUGGCGUGUGCCGACCUGCAGCAGGAGGUGUACCGCCACCUGGCUGAGUACGUGCCCCGCAUCCUGUGCCAGGGGGGCGGCAUGGCGGAGCAGCGGGAGGAGCAGCGGGAGGAGCUGGCCCUCCAGCUGCUGCUCCUCGCCCCCCUGGAGUGGCUCCUGCUGGGGGGGGAGCCGGCGGCCGGCCUGGCGCUGCUGCAGCAAGGUGGGGGGGCGGCGGCGCUCUGUGGACACGUCUUCAAGGUGGGGGAGCCCACCUACUCCUGCAGGGAGUGUGCGGCCGACCCGACCUGUGUUCUGUGCAUGCAGUGCUUCCUGGCCAGCGCCCACCGCCACCAUCGCUACCGGAUGACCACGUCAGGAGGCGGAGGCUUCUGCGACUGUGGAGACGCCGAGGCCUGGAAGACCGGUCCGUCCUGCCAGAACCACACGCCUGCCGACCAGAACCGGGAGAGCGAGGAGGACCCGGUCUCUCUGCUGCCCCCUGCUGUGGAGGAAAGGAGCAGCAGCAUCUUCUCCAUCAUCCUGCAGUACGCCGUCGACCUUCUGACCUGGGAGCAGGAGGACCAGCUGCCAGCAGGCCUGGAGCCGCUCACACCCGUUGCCGUGCCAACCGCGCGCCGAGCAGAGAUUACGUCCAAAGCGUUCAGCGCGUUCCGAUGUCCGGUUCUCAGGCUGGAUGUUUGUUCAGUGAUCAAAGCUCUGAUGAGCUACAGACGGCUGCAGACAGAUUUCAUGGAGGACGACCACGACCGCUUGGUGUCGCUCUUCUUCUUCUGCUGCCCCAACGCCGUCUCUCUCUGUCCCCUUCCGACCCCCGACCCCCGACCCCAGAACUAUGAGCGCUUGCAGAGCGACUUCGUCAGAGACGACCACGACCGGCAGUUCUCCAUCACCGACCUGUCGGUGCAGAUCUUCACUGUUCCCUCGCUGGCCCGGAUGCUGAUGGUGGAGGAGAACCUGAUGAUGACCAUCAUCAGAACCUUUGUGGAUCAGCUUCGCCACCGCGACGCUCAGGGACGCUUCCAGUUCGACCGCUACACCGCCCAGCAGGCCUUCAAGUUCGGCCGGGUCCAGAGUCUCAUCGGAGACCUGAAGUACGUCCUGAUCUCCCCGCCCCCACAGUGGAGCCAGCAGCUCAGAACCAAGUUUCUGGACGGCUUCGAAGCCUUCCUGGACCUGCUCAGGUGCAUGCAGGGAAUGGACCCGGUGGUGAGACAGGUGGGCCAACAUAUCGAGAUGGAGCCGGAGUGGGAGGCAGCCUUCACCCUGCAGAUGAAGCUGACGCACAUCAUCACCAUGAUGCAGGAGUGGUGCAGCACCGAUGUGAGCCGCAGCGUUGCCUCUGUCCUCCAGGGGGAGCUCAGCCCUCACCUGCUGAUAGAGCUGCCAUUGCGCUGCCUGGUGCUCUGUGCACAGGUGCAUGCUGGGAUGUGGAGGAGGAACGGCUUCUCUCUGAUCAACCAGAUCUACUACUACCACAACGUCAAGUGCAGAGUGGAGAUGUUCGACAAGGACCUGGCCAUGCUGCAGGUUGGCGCCUCCAUGAUGGAUCCGAACCACUUCCUGAUGAUCGUUCUGAGCCGCUUUGAACUCUUCCACACCUUCAGCGCCUCCGACCUGCGGAGGAGAUACAGGGAGGCCAACAAGGACCUGGCCCAACAGAACACGCUGAUAGAGGAGAUGCUGCACCUCAUCAUCAUGGUGGUAGGUGAGCGCUACGUUCCGGGCGUCGGCCAGGUGGAGCCGCUGGAUGAGGUCAGGAGGGAGAUCCUCCACCAGCUGUGCAUCAGACCCAUGGCUCACAGCGAGCUGGUCAAGGCUCUGCCUGAGAACGGCAACAAGGAGACGGGUCUGGAGAGAGUCAUUGACAGCGUUGCGUCAUUCAGGAAGCCAGGUGUGACGGGGCGGGGCCUGUAUGAGCUGCGUCCUGAGUGGUCCAAACGCUUCGACCUCUACUUCCAUCACUACAGCCGGGCGGAUCAGUCCAAGGCCGAGGAGGCUCAGAGGAAGCUGAGGAGACAGAACGGCGAGGACACAGCCCUGCCCCCGCCCCGGCCGCCCCCCCUCUGCCCGCUGUUCGCCAGCCUGGCCAACCUGCUGCAGUGCGACGCGCUGCUGGCACUAGAGGGCGCCGUGCUGCAGUGGGCCGUGGAGCCCAGCGGAGGGGGCUGGACCGAGUCCAUGCUGCAGAGGGUGCUGCACCUGGUUGCCAUGGCGCUGCUGGAGGAGCAGCAGCAGCUGGACAGCAGCGGCGGAGACGAAGACGUCUCCUUCACCUUCAGCAGCAGGAUCACACGUCCAGGUGAGGCUCCCAGCACGUCCGGAAGCGUCCUGGCUCUGCUGGAGAGCCUGCAGAACGCCCCUCACCUGGAGGUCCACAAGGACAUGAUCACCUGGAUCCUCAAGGUGGUGGGAAACAUCAAAACCACGAGGGAGCGAACGACUGGCUGCAGCGUCGGCGUCAGCCAUGGCCGCCGCCCAGAGGAGACGGUGAGGGACAAGGACAAGGCGGAGAGGAAGAGGAAGGCGGAGAUGGCGCGGCUCCGCAGGGAGAAGGUCAUGGCCCAGAUGUCGGAGAUGCAGAAACAUUUCAUCAACGAGAACAAGGAGCUGUUCCAGCAGAGCAUGGAGGAUCUGGAGGCGGCCGCCGCCGAGCACAGUCCUCCCAGUUCCGAGCCCACCUGUGCCGCUCAGAUCUGCGUGGGCCCCAGGCGGGUGGGCGGGGCCGAGCGCCGCCAGCUGGUCACCUGCAUCCUGUGUCAGGAGGAGCAGGAGGUCAGAGGUCACGGCAGAGCCAUGGUGCUGGCAGCCUUCAUCCAGAGAUCCACCGUGCUGUCCAAGAACCGCAGCCGCGGCGUCCCCGACCCAGAACGCCUCGACCCGCUCUUCAUGCACCCUGACCUCUCGGUGGGCGUCCACACCGCCAGCUGCGGACACAUCAUGCACGCCACCUGCUGGCAGAGGUACUUUGAGGCGGUGCAGCAGAAGGAGCAGCGGCGGCAGCAGCGGCUCAGAGGUCACACCAGCUACGACGUGGAGAGCGGGGAGUUCCUGUGUCCGCUGUGCGAGUGUCUGAGCAACACCGUCAUCCCCCUGCUGCCUCACGCCUGCUCACCUGACCGCAGUGUGGAGCAUCCAUGUCUGGAGACCUGGCUGAAGAGAACCAAUCAGCAGGCAGCGGCUCUAGACUCCACCCACAGGAAGCAGUCACAUGGUCAGUCACCUGCUGGGGGCGGGGCUAUCAGCUGGCGCUCAGGUGUUCAGGUUGCAGCUGCGGCGCAGCAGGCGGAGCCAGCGGGUCCUGACAGGGUCGGCUUUGAUCCACAGAAUUCAUUCUCCAGCGGCGUCGCCGAGAUGAUCAACACCUUCGGCAUGUCGGCCUAUAAGGUCGGCCUCAAGGUCAACCCCAACGAGCAGGACCCCCGAGUCCCGGUGCUGAGCUGGUCCACCUGCGCCUACACCAUGCAGAGCAUCGAGCGCCUGCUGAUGGACGAGAAGAAGCCGCUGUUUGGAAGCUUACCUUGCCGACAGGAUGAGUGUCUGAGUUCUCUGACCCGGUUCAGUUCAGCCUGCUGGACCACCGCUCCGAUCAGAACCGUUCAGAACCAUUUCAUCAGACUGCUGUCAGUUCUGGUUCCGGACUCCCAGCUGGAGGCUCCCUGCAUCCUGGAUGUGGACAUGUUCCACCUGCUGGUGUACAGCGUCUUGUCCUACAGCUCCCUGCACGGUCUGGACCAAUCAGGACGAAGCUCUGUGGAUUCGGGUCACCUUCACCUGCUUCAGCUGGUCACUGUGGCUCACCUGGUUCAGGUGCUGCUCACCUUCACCACCGGUGAGCUGAGUAUGGAUCAGGACGGUGAGGAGUCAGAGGAGGAGCGGCUCACCUGUCAGCUGUACGGCAGGCUGAGGGAUCACCUGGGCAGGUGUUUACCUGACGUCUCCUGUGGGUGGCGCCUGUGGAGGUGUGUGAGAGCCGGCGUCCUGCCCUUCCUCCGCACCGCCGCCCUCUUCUUCCACUACAUGAACUCUGCAUCGCCCCCUGCUGACCUGCUGGGUACAGGACCUGGCCAGUGGGAGGCGCUGUGUAGCUACCUCAGUCUGCCCUCCAACCUGCUGCUGCUGUACCAGAACCACCGCACACUGCUGGAGCCGCUCAUCCACAGGUGGUGCUGCCAUCCAGGUGUGGGCCAGGUGCUCCAUGGGGGCGGAGUCUUGGUGCAGUUCCCCAGAGAGUCCAACAGGUUGAUUGAUCUGCCAGAGGACUACAGCAUCCUGAUCAACCAGGCCUCCAGCUUCACGUGUCCGCGGUCCGGCGGGGAUAAGUCUCGCGCCCCCACGCUGUGCCUGGUGUGCGGCUGCAUGCUGUGCUCUCAGAGCUACUGCUGCCAGACUGAGGUGGAGGGAGAGGAUGUGGGAGCCUGCACCGCCCACACCUUCACCUGUGGAGCGGGCAUCGGCCUCUUCCUCAGGGUGAGGGAGAGCCAGGUGUUGUUCGUCGCAGGUAAAACUAAGGGCUGCUUCUACCCUCCACCGUACCUGGACGACUACGGAGAAACCGACCCUGGCCUCAAGCGUGGGAACCCGCUCCACCUUUGCUCGGAGCGCUACCAGAAGAUCGAGCGUCUGUGGCGGCAGCACGGCAUUGCUGAGGUCAUAGGUCAUGCUCAGGAGGCCAAUCAGACGCUGGUCGCCAUCGACUGGCAGCACCUGUGACCGCGGACUAGCCCCGCCCACUAACGAACCUCUUUGAACCAAUCGGCUCGCUGCAGCUGCAGCCUGAGGUCGGAGCAGCUUUCAGGGAUUUUUUAGGGUGUUUGGAUCCCGACCUUUGACCUCUGACUGUCACCCCUUCCCCCUCAGUCCUCCAAUCAGACGUCACCUGUUCAGCUGGAGGUCAGGUGAUUUCUGUCAGGCGUACAUUGCAUUUUGAUGGACUGGGUCUCCGUGGCAACCCAGGUGAGAGUAAUCAGAUUACUUCCUGAGACGUCGUCAUGGAAACUUCAGCCAAUCGGAAGCCAGAGCUGUGAACAGCGCCGUUGGUCCACCGUCUCCAUGGCAACCGAGUUCUGCUUUAAUGUUUUAUUUAACGAGGCGAGCGUGUGACAUCACUUCCUGUUUGUGUGUUUGGGGAGGCGGAGCGUCGUAACCGGACCAGAACCGGACUGGGCCCGGCUGACGCUCCGCCUCGGUAACGUCACUUUAACCUGUAGAACAGAACCAAUAAAACGGGCUUUAAAGAA